AUGCGGUUAAUAAACGCCAACACUUUGCGCUUUGAAGAGUUCUUCGAGAAGCCCCUUCCUCCCUAUUUGGUUCUAUCACACACCUGGGGAGAAGAUGAAGUCACCUUUCGAGACAUGCAACAACCCCACCUGCACCUGGGCAAGUCUGGCUACGCCAAAAUCACACAGACAUGUCGACUGGCCCGCUCCAAGGCCAUAGACUAUGUCUGGGUCGACACUUGUUGUAUUGACAAGACCAGCAGUGCCGAGCUGACCGAGAGCAUCAACUCCAUGUUCCAGUGGUACCAAAGGGCAGUGGUCUGCGUCGUACAUCUCGCCGACAUGGAGUCGGGAGUCGACUUUGGGACUGGUGUCCGGUUCUCCAGAUGGAUCACCCGGGGAUGGACCCUUCAAGAGUUGAUUGCACCGAAAAGGGUUGAAUUUUAUGAUAGCAAAUGGAAACUUUGUGGCCAGAAGCCUCGAGACAGCGACGUACUCUCGGCAGCUACAAAAAUCCCGGAGGACCUCCUGUUGGGGAAUCAUCGAAGUUCCGAGUAUUCGGUAGCCCAAAGACUAUCCUGGGCUUCGUCACGAACAACGACACGUGUCGAAGACGAGGCGUAUUGCCUUUUUGGAAUCCUCGAGGUAAACAUGCCGCUCAUAUAUGGUGAAGGGAAAAUGGCUUUUCGUCGGCUGCAGGAGGAGCUCAUCAAGCGCAGUAACGACAUCACAAUCUUCGCGUGGCAGCCGACGCGGGAGGAGGUCCAAGAGGGACACUGUGGUGUGCUCGCCGCAUCGCCACAAGCAUUCGCGCUGUGCGAGCAUGUCUGUGUCUGGAGACCAUCGACAUCCCACAAUCCCCAGUUCGUCCUCACCAACAGAGGCAUACAACUGCAAGACAUAUUUUUUCAUCGAAUGCCCCUGAAGAACGAUCAACCAGCGGGCGCAGACGAAAGUCUCAAGAGAGAAUACGUUUUCAUGGUUGGAUUCCUGUCUCGUGGCUCUGGGGCGUAUUUGGGGAUCCAGCUGAGAAAGAUCGGAGAAUCUCUCUUCCUUCGAAAAUCACGGCCGCUCAAGAUGAUCAGCGGGACAGAAAACAAGUCUCUUUUGAAAACGGAUAUAGCCACCUGCCAUUUCGUGACCGAUACGCGACCACUCGAUAAUGAUACACUAUUGGCAUUUCGCAAACGCUGCACUGAGGUCUCGAUUCCUGAGUGGAGCAUGAAACACACCAUCCCGUCUGGUUAUUGGGACGAUCAGGACAUGAUUCAGUUUCAUCUUCCAACAUAUCUUGUCGGUGCCUUUCUUCUUGAGGGUGAUGUUGGAGGAAAGCGCACUCGCUUCACUGUGCUGUAUCGGCGGGAGGGGGAGGACCAGGUACGGAUCUACAUUCUGGAGACUGCGAAGCAUACUGCUGCUACAGCAUACAUAUUUCGUCGUCGAGCCCCUGGGGAUAUGCUGCACUGGGAAGACUUGGGUUUGGACCACCCUCAAGUACUUGAAGCAUCAAAUCAAACUCAGGUGGUGAUUGACAGAAGGCAAUUCACCGUUACCGCCAGUCUACCUAGUAAAGCACUAGAUUUCUUUGGGAGGACAAAAAUAGGUCGAUCCUUACAGUUGGAGGUUGUCGAGAAUAGGUCGAAGGGAGACCCGGGGGCCAAGGGUAGGGAGCUCGUUCCAUAUGGUCAGGGGCGGACAAAUCGAAGGCAUCGGUCUACUGAUGUAUCUUUUCCUCGGAUUGCAAACACGAGCCUGCCGAGGUCGAGGCCAGGAUUCCAAUCCAUCCCAUCAUGA